AUGAACUACAGUGAAGGCCUCCAACGUUUUCACGACCUCCACACGCACUUGUGGGGCCGAAACGUAAUCGAGGAUGUUCAGGAAGGUGGAAAGAGCUAUUCUACUAUCGACCUCACACUCUUCGACCUCCCACAAAACUCUUGUCUCAGCGACGUCGUUCUCGUCCGUAACGAGUAUAGGCUUGCCUACGAUAGCAUUCUUGCGGACACGCUUCAGAACACUGGACAUCUCAAAUCUACCUUCCUAGUAACAGGAAUAUCAUUGCUCUUGUUCUACAUUUUGUCCCGUAGACUCGAAGAACGGCAGCCGGUCGCUUUCCAGAUCGACGCUAGCAUAUUCGUCCUCUUUGACGAAGGCGGCGUAUCGUUUCAUCCAACAUCCGCCUUGUUCACCUGUAUUAUUCCAAAUGGCGCUUGGGCACUCUCAGAUGCGGUCCAAGGACAAACCGGGCCUUGCGCGGCCUUCGACUGUCAACGGGUAGACGUCGUAUACACAAGCUCGCCAGCUUCUAGAAACUGGAAGGGGUGGGUGAAGCAGGCUUUCGUUGUGGAGUACAUCAUGGACAUAUGGUCGCUGGAGGAGCUUCGAACAUUGCUGGCUAUCUCCAACCUCGAUGUCCAGCAGGGUGAGGCCCUCUUUCGAAAAUACGGACCGAGCCCCAGCAUCAUUGUCGCCAUUCUCCUCAAACCGGAGAUGGAGGCCGCAUACCUUCGCGAUAUCCAAGCAGGGCCCGUCGAAUUGGCAGUGAAUUUCUCAACAGUUUUCUCAGACAUACGAAAAUUCCAUUUUGAUUCCCACCUUUCUUCGACAAUAUUUAUUGUCCAGGUGGACAUUUCAGGUUCGCGACAGCCUGUUCUGCGCAUCCCAACACCAUUUCUCGCCAGCACCAUUGCCCUAGCUUUGUCACGUCAGACAGCUGCCCAACAAGCGAACUUCUUCGCCACACUCGGGCAUCAUCCGUCUGUUUGCAGUGCCGCGGCAUGGAUCUUUGAAAAUUACGCUCACGUCUACUUCUCCGACCCAAAUCGCAACCCCCUUCAAGCACGUCUCCGCGAUGACUCAAACCCCUACUCCAUACCUACCCCCGGUAGGAUUAUAGCAGGUUUGACCGCACUGAAAGCUAUUCAGCCACCGUUCAAUUUCUACUGGCGGCCCCUAGAUCCCAUCUUCAAUGGCGUCAAUGGCGUCGUUCGCGCCGGCAACAGUAUUUGGGCUCUACAAUUCACGACGAGUGAUUCUCUUAGUUCCAUCACAAAUGGCCUGGAUGCGGUUUUCGAGAUCAUGCAUGACAAGGGCGAUGUUCGGUGGCAUUUGGUUAUUGUAGACCCAGAUUUGGGCGAAGCCGAAUUUGCUAGGGAUCACCAAACGGUCCAAAACCUGACUGGGCGAUGGGGCAAGACGCCCGUUUAUGCGUGUGGGCUGCCCCUUGAUGCGUUUACUGAAAAGGACCAGCGGCGGCUUCAAGAUAUUUCAGACGAGUUCAGCGAAACAUACCCCAUGGAUCAAAGAGUGGACUCGGAUGGCGUUCUGUGA